AUGAUCGAGUCCUUCAUCAAGGCGACUCCAACUCUCCCUUGGCCUGAGCCAUCGCCCACCUCCUCGGUGGCGCCCAUUCCCACCGUCGUUCCCGGCAGUGAUCCUAUCUUCCAGGUGCUCCAUGACACUGGGAAACGGACACUAUGGGUGGUCACUGUGCUCAUGGGUAUCUCCUCUCUCGUGUUCUACGUUCUAGGUGCUCGGGUUCCUAUCAAUAAACGUGUGUUCCAUGUUAUUGUUGCUCUCGCCAGCACCAUCUCCUUUAUUGUCUACCUUGCUCUGGCGACUGGACAAGGCAUGGAUUGGAAGCUCGACAUUCUCAAGGAGCACAACAAGCACGUCCCCAACACCACGCAGGAAUACUACCGCCAGAUCCUCUGGCUCCGCUAUGUCCUCUGGUUCUUGACUGAGCCUUUGGGCCUCAUCAGCUUGUCGCUGCUCUCUGGUCUGCCUGGAGCUCACCUGCUCAUCGCCAUCGCGGCCGACUUUAUCAUGCUGGGCUCGGGUAUUCUGGGUACCUAUGCUGGCCAUUCCUCGCGCAGAUGGGUCUGGUUCACUAUCAGCGCAAUUGGAUACCUCACAACGGUCUACCAUAUCAGUGUCCAUGGAAGCCGGGCAGCCAGCAACAAGGAUGUUCAGACCAAGCGGUUCUUCGGAACUCUGUCGGGUGUCAUGUUGUUUGUCAAGCUCCUGUACCCAGUUGCCCUCGCCGCUGGAGCUUUGGCUCUCAAGAUCAACGUCGACGUCGAGACCAUCCUCUUCGCCAUCUACGAUAUUUUCUCGCAGGGUAUACUCGGUUACUGGCUGCUUAUUGCCCACGACGGCGCUCCUGGAAUUACUCUCAAUGUUGACGGAUUCUGGUCCCACGGUCUGGGUAACGAGGGUGCCAUUCGCAUCAGCGAAGAGGACGGGGCAUAA